AUGUCGGAAAACUUCACAUUUCGCCCAAAAAGUUCUGCUAAUCAGGCCAAACUUGUCAAUCAAUUAGAACGUCAAUUUCAUACAAUAACUCAAUUGUUGUACACAACCAAUGUACCCGGUGCUCUACUUGAUCGACAAGUCUUACCAUACAUAGCUGAUGAUGUGAUUUUCAAAGAUCCUUGGCAAGAAGGCGGUGAUAAAAAAUUGUAUCGAAUCGGAAUGAAAGGUUUUCAUAAUAUGUUUCACUUCACAUUUGAUACAUUCCAAUUGAAUGUCAAGCUAAAUGACGAUGGAACGACAGGUCGCUGCAUCGUUGAUGGAAUCAUGAAUUUACAACAAUUUUCAUGGAUUUACACAUAUCCAUUACGUUCGAUUUUUGUCUACGAAUUUCGUCUGCUGAAUACGGACAAUAUCGAUGAUCCCAAAUUUGAAAUAUUUCGACACGAAGAGAUGUGGUCAUUCGCCGAUAUGAUCGAUGGCAUACCUGGCAUUGGUUGGAUGUAUAAGAAUCUGUUUCGUCGAAGUUUUGGAUACUUCUUUGUUGCUCUUUCUGCGCUAAGUUGCGUCGUUCACGAUCGCUUUAUUCAAACAGCAAAGAAACGAGAGUGA